AAGUUUUACUAAUGGACGUCUGGAUCAAUCAAUAGCUCUACAGCGCGCUUCAUUCAAUCAGCUUUGCUAUCGAAUUCAAGCGAAUUCAAAUACCAAUUUCAGCACGUUUCGCUUUUAUAAAUUUUGUUGAUAUUCUGUGCUUGGUACACUGUGAUUUUGUAAAACUUUAUUUACCAGCGUAUUUAAUUUGUAGAUUUGACCACAAACCAGGCGCCCAAGGCCAACCCCAAGCCCAAGGCCCAAGGUAAGACAACACUAGACUCUAGCUCACUAUUGUUAUUGUUCGUCGUUUGAAUGUGAAGAUGACCAAGGCUACGAUUUGAGCAUUAGCCUUGACUUUGUUUAAAGUGAGGGAGAGUUAUUCAAUUCAUCAUCCUCACUCUCUUUCUUAAAUCUUAGCUUAGGUCCUUGCCUUAGCCUCAGGCAAAUUAGCCUUAGCUCAGGGUUACUAACUAAGUCUAAACUUUCUUUGACUUACAUUCUAUUCUGCCCAUGUCGAAAAUUUAAAAUGUCUGUAAAACAUAUUCUCCAUUAUUCUACAUGGCAUAAAGCUAUGUGUUUGUUUUUUUUUGUUUUUUUUUUAAAUUUUAUAAUUACAUUAUGACUUAUGUCUCUUGUGAUGUAUGAUGUAUCAGCAUCUGUUAAUUCUGUUUUGUGUUCUGAUGAUUCUAUGAAUCUAUGAGACAUAAAUUUUGUGCUAGGAGUUUUUUGUGUGUCACUGACAGGAUUAUCAUGAUUCGGUAACCAUAGAUCACAUACAUAAAUACUUUUUUGUUACCUAUGCCUAUUCCUUAAAAAUAAGGUUUAAUUUAUGUAACCUACAUCCAUUUUCGAGUUUGAACAUAUUAAAAUUUAAGUUAAUAAUAAAAAUGACCUAUUGCCUAUACAAAGAAAAGUUAUGCAUGUCGGAAAAGGGAGGGGGGUGGGUUAUGAAAAUGUUGCCAAAUCCAGAUGCCAGAUGUCGGAAAUGCCUCUUAUCACUGUCAAUUAUUGAGUGAUUCGUUAUUGUUGAAUCCCUAAGCCCUAACAUUUGAUUAUUCUAAAGUGUUUAAAAUGAAUAAAUUUACAAGAUUUAAGAAAAGAUUAUAAUACCGAACUUGAAAAGUUUUGGGUAUGGACUAAGGCUUGCUUUUUACAAUUUUUGUGUACCCAUUUUACCGUUCUCAUUAUUUAAUCCCUAAUACAUCAUUAAAUAAUACUAAUAGCAAUAAUAAUUGGUAUUCUUGUAUUAAUAAUUUCUCAAAUGUCACAAGUGAGAAUAUCACUAAAAUUAGGCCUACCUACAUAAAAGUUUAACAAAAACUGCUAUUAUAAUCCUAUAGUCUAGUUAGGCCUACAGCUAAUAUUAUUCUAUUACUACAGCUGUGCUUACAGGCCUGAUUAAAAUUUGUAUUUAAACAAUUUAUUAAGGUUUUUAAUUAUAAUUAAAUUAGAAAUUUUAAUUAAUUCUUGAUUUAAUUUAAGGUAAUAUUCUGAUACAUAGCCUACUCACUGCGUGUCUCUAUGGACACAGAUAACUGUUUACAUAGUCAAAUUUUUAAUACUAGGAGUUUAACCCCAUUUGUUAACCAACCCUAGUGUUCCGCUGUUUAAUAUAUGUCUAUUGAGCGCUCAUUAGGUGCAUGAUUUUUAUUUUUACCCAUUUGGGGUAGUUUACCCCUGUUUUCCGACCUCUAUUACUAAACUAUGGUAUAAAAAUAGAACAGUUACUACGUCAGUUCUACAAACUGAAACUCCUACAAUUUGCAGUUACGAUGUUGUAAAAUAUCAUAACAUUUAACUGACGCUUUUGAACUUAUCAAAUAUAAUGUCACCCUGAACUUGCCUGAAAGUAAUCUUAAUAAUCAAUAAACAUUUUUUAAAUAGAUUCUGAAAACCGUUAAUUGAUGUCAUCGCGCCCCCCCCCCCGUAUAGAAAUUUAUACAUUCCUAGUUUUUGAACUAUAGGCACCCUGUGUACUUGUGAGAUUAUUGCCCUUGGAUUAGUCUUUGUUAGGGGGUAAUUCAAAUUAGUUGUUUCCCUGUUAUAAUAUUUGGAAUUGUCGCCUCCCCCUAAAGAAAAUAAAUCAACCUAUUUACCACAGUUCAGACAUCAGUACUAUUAAUAUAAAAUGUGGAGUUGGGGGGGUCGUGGGGGGGGGGUGCGAUUUUGAAGGGGAAGAAGGAUGCACCAGAAGCAAAAUAUAUAUAAGUGAUUAUCAAGUAACAAAAAAAAGGAAAAAUUGUCGCCUCCCCCUAAAGAAAAUAAAUCAACCUAUUUACCACAGUUCAGACAUCAGUACUAUUAAUAUAAAAUGUGGAGUUGGGGGGGUCGUGGGGGGGGGGGUGCGAUUUUGAAGGGGAAGCAGGAUGCACCAGAAGCAAAAUAUAUAUAAGUGAUUAUCAAGUAACAAAAAAAAGGAAAUGAGUUUUAAUAAACAGAAUAAGUAUAAAAAAAACAAGGAAUUGUGUAGAUUCAGAAUUAUGAUUAGAAUUUAUUUCUAGCUUCUUUCAGCUAACGGAUACAAGAGAAAAUUUUAAUACUCAACUUGGUCAUUUUGAACGGAGAAAUAGGAGUAAAGCUUCUUGUUGUCCCACAUUGCACCACCUGUUUUGAAAGAAUGUCUUGUGCAAAAAAAAAUAUUUUCUAAAUCCAGUGAAAACUGUACAAAGUACAGGUAAACUUACAGGCUGGCAUGUAUCAUGCAUCCCAUCUCUACUGGACUACUGUCUAUUGUUUGUUUACUUUCUGUUGUCAUGUUUACAUUAAGACACAGUUGAGCGAAAUAAGAUGUUACGUAACUAACUCUCAUUAUGUUUUUAUUUGGAUAUUUCUAAGCUGUUCAACCACACUGGUGUGAUUCAAAGACAUAAGCAGCUAUUCAAAAAUAUAUUAUUAGCAUGUGUGGCCCAGAAAUUUGUGAUUUAAAUAAUACACAUAUCAUGUACUUAAAUUUUUACAUAGGGUAUAUUUUACUGAGUUGUUUUCAAAUACAGUUUUUGUCUCCAUUCAUAGGAACUAACUAAUAUCUCAUCAUGCCACAAGACCAAAUAUCCUACUCUGAUAAAUAUUUUGAUGACAAAUAUGAAUACAGGUAAUAAGUUUUUAUUUUUAAUUUUGCAUAAUUUAUGAUGUUUACUCCAAGGCGUAAUCAAUUUUGUAUUAAAAAUUACAUUAAAUAUAGUAAUUGAACAGUUUUUCAAAGUUUAAAAAGUUACCUACGAUACUUUAAUUAUAAAGUUCAAAGAUGUCUUCUCAAAAGCAUGGUUUGAAGUUCAUUUUCUUUACACUAGGUACUUUUCAGUUUGGACAUUUUACAAAUGAUAACACGUUUUACUUAGAUAAAAAUAGGCGACACCCUUUGAGGGAUUGUUGAAAACCACUGCCUCAAUAUUUUAGUGCUAUUGUACAAAAAAUUAAAAUUGUGCAGCUGCUUUGCUAAGUGCAGUAUGUUUUUUUUUCCUUCUUCCAAGACAUGUAAUUUUGCCUGGUGACAUAGCCAAAUUGGUACCUAAAAAUCAUUUGAUGACUGAAACAGAGUGGAGGAACCUUGGCGUUCAGCAGUCGCCAGGUUGGAUUCACUAUAUGGUACAUGCACCAGGUAAGAUCUAUAAUGACAUAAAAGCAAAUAGAUGCUUAAACUGAGUUUAAUAAUUUUAUCUACCAGCGACAGUCCUAACACAAUCAUGUUACAUUUGUAACAAAGCAAUAUUUUAUUGGGAUUUUCCCGCAGUUGUAAAUUUGCGUUGUUUCAACUGAGAAACACCCCUCCCCCACAAACAACAAAAAAACAACUCAUUUCCAUAUCAGCCUUUUCAAAAUAUCCUUGACAUUCCCUCUUCAUCAGACAAUACUAAAACUGAUUAAGCCUCCAUCUGUUGCACUGUAGAUAGAAUAAAUAAGUUAUUAAAGCAGAAAUUAUUACAUUUUUACAAAGAAAAUAGUCUUUGAUAGACUUUCUUAUAUAGAAUGAGGCAGUGGUUUGACUUUGUUCUUGCUAUUAAUAAUGUUGACACCUAGGUAUUUAUAUGGUGAUUUUUUAAUUUCAAGAUUUGCAAUUACUGUAUAUACUCAAGUAAAAGUCCAGAAAUUUUAAUGGCAAAAAUGUUAAAAUGCAGUCAACUUAUCUAUGGGUCAGUGCUAGUUUUGAUAGAAUUUCGUGCAUUGAAUGCGGAUAAAUAAUGAGUUACAGGUAGUGCUACUGUACUUACCGGUAGAGACAGACCAAAUUUCGGUGCUGAAAGUUGCCAUUUCAUCACUUUCAGCGUAGUUUCAGUUUCUGCCAAAACAGAAAAGUUAACUUUUGGUUUAUUUAUGGUUUCAGCCGAAAGUGAUUGAGACUUUCGGCCAUCAGGCUGAAAGUGAGUGCGGCAUUUGGUUGUCCCCCAGAAGUCAUACACUGUCUGUCAGUCACCCGGCAAUCAGAUAUUCAUUAUUGAUUGCUAGACGUCUUGCUGUCAUAGUAUGUUAUAUGAAUAAUCCUCUGGGAACUUUGCUCACAGCUGCAUGAUGACCUACUUCUUCUAAUAAAUCCAAAAAUAAAAUUUCAAUUAGGCUUAGGCAAAUGUAAAUAGUUUUGAAGAUGAAAACUAAAGGAAUGGUAAUGUUUAUAGUAUUAUUUUUGUUUAAUGUUUUCAAAAAGUACAAUUUGGGAACACUAGGUUUAUUCCAUUCGUUCAUUUGUGGCCUUCAUUUUGAUUUAUCAUUAUCAUUAUCAUGCUCAUCAAUGUUCUAUGCAACUGUGAACAAAUCCUAGGGAAUGCUAACUUUUCUAUUAUUAUUUUUAAAAAAGACCAUUUAUGAAAAAUAAAAAUUUGGGAACCUUAUGCUUAUUCAAUUCAUUCAUUUAUAUAAUUCAUCAUCAUGCUGAUACUGAUCAUACUAAAUUUUGUUCAACAAUUAUUCAACUUCGUUUUAAUCUGGGUCAAAUAUAAAAUUAGCUAAUAAAUAAUAAUUGCGGAUAAACGAAACAUUUAAAUAAGAAGGCGUGUUUCAAGGCUUAUGUCUGGAUAUUUUAGUGGUCCAUACCGACAAAAAAUUCAUAGUAUGCAUAAAGCUAAGCUUUCGAUCGAUACCAAUUAUGUUAAGAUAGCGUUAUUACAUCAUAAAUGAAAGGGCGCCCAAUGGUCUGUUUUGUAUGAAUUUUGUGCCCGUUCCCCCCCCCCCCCCCCCCCCCCCCCCCCCCCCAUCAAAGUUUUCUCUUACCAUACUACUUAAAAAUACAUUUUUAUCAUCUGUAAAUUAUUUUUUCAUUCAAAUGGUAAAAGCCAGUCUUCAUUAGAUGUUUAUAUAUUAAAACUCAUGAUAAUCUCUUUUCCCCAUCAGUUUUUGAUGAUAACAGAACGUAAGCACGAACAAGUUUUGUACUAUCUAAAUCUUUCGGUUUCGGCUGUAAGUCUCAUUAAGCUUUUGGUUUUGGCUUCAGUUGUGGCUGAAAGUCCCGUUAAGCUUUUUGUUUUGACCUAAUGUCAUUUUUAACUUUUAAUCUGGUUUGAGUUUUGGCCGAAAUAAAAAAAUCACUUAAUGACCGAGGUAAUCUUAUAUAAACAUAUAAAAAGGGUUACUGCUUUAUAAAUCUACCGGUACUGCAUUAGAUUGGUAAGUCAGUUCCACCCCAUGAGCUGUAACUCUUUUCUGUCUUAGCUUUGGAUAUUUAAACAGUUAUUAGACAAUUUUGUCAAGAUUAUGUCAUACUGCCAAUUUCACUGUACAUUUAGAGUGCUGUAUGUUCAGCUUCACUAAGUAAUGUUGCUAUGGUCCUGGUGCAUUUAGGAAAUGUAAGGCUUGACUAUAUAAUAGAAUAUAAAUUUAAAAGUGCAACCUUUCUAAAAUGUUGAAAUAUUUGGAUAGUGAUUAUUGUAGAUAAUUACUAACUAUAUUUCAAUGACAACUCCUUAGAUGAGACAAAUUUUGAAAGCAUUUGAACAAAACAUUGAUAAACAUCAGAAAACCUUAGACUUUAAUUAACAGAAUAACCAGUGGCAUAGCUAGGAUAGGUGUCAUCUGUUGCUGUAAACACAUGGUGUCUCAAUGGAUUUCUUCUUGUUAGAAUAAGUCCGCAGUUUAACUAUGACAAGAACAAAAACAAAUUAAUUGAAGGUCAGGAGGCUAAUAUAUGUAUUAAAGAACUGUAACAAUGUCAAGUUAUAAUUAUCUUUACACUAAAUUUACUUUAUUUAAAAUUUCCCUUUCUUGAUCUUCAAAGCUGCAAACCUUUCAGUCACUUGAUCAAAAUCACUAGCCUUCACCGUAACACUUUCAAUUGAUAGUAGAUCCAGAUCAGAAAGCCUGUACCGCUCCUUUAGUGCUAAACAAAAUAAUAUUUUAAAAACUUUUCUAUUAUCUUUUAAUAAUUAAUAAUUUAAAAAAAAAGAUUUUUGAAACCAAAUAUAUUGACACCUAGAUAUACUCAAAAAUAAUUUUUCCACCGAUGCGCCCCCAUCCCUUAACUUUUGAGCUUUAUUGUCAUAGAGCACAAGUUCCUUUACAUGUUGUCAGUGAUGUCAUGUGUUUCUGCUACAUUGACAUUUGGGAUUAGCAACUUGAUGAAGGUCAUCUUACUCAGCAGUUUCUGCAGACUAAAGGCUUUACUCUUGACAAAGUGGUGACCAUCCUGGAGCCCUUAAGGUUGUUUCUGCACGAGAAGCAGUCUCCUGGUGGAACAUGCUAUUGAAAAGGCACUUUUAAAAUCAGACCAUGCGGAAUUGUAGAGAGAAGAUUAAGGUUGAAGAGGAGAAAGGCAGGAGAACAAUUUACAAUACACGAUAUAUUUGGUUUCAAAAACCUUUUUUUUUUUUUAAAUUAAAAAAAAUUAAUUAUUUAAGAUAAUAGAAAAGUUUUUAAAAUAUUAUUUUGUUUAACACUAUAGUAUAUAUAGGUAAAAAGUCAUUUUUUUAUUGUUUUUAAUUUGUACAGAUUCAAUUCAUGUUAGAGACCAACCGAACGUGAUUUUUCUGAUUUUGGCCGAAGCCGAAAAUAGGCCAAACGUUUAAAAUGACUUUCGGCCUUAACUGAAAAAGGCAGAAAGUUAAAAAUGCUUUAGCCCAAGGCAGAAAAUGAAAUAUAUAGAUAUUUUUACAUUCGUUCCCUCAUACAUUCUGCAUGCAUCGAAAAUGAUGGGGAAAGUAUAAAUAUUUACAUUCUUUUUAUAAAAAAAUGAGAUAAUUGUGAAUAUUAAUAAAUAAACAUCUAAUAUAACAUUAUGUUGUUAAAGAUUGUUUAGUUUGUUCUUAAAGAUCGCUUAGUUUGUUGUUAAAGAUCGUUCAGUUUUUUGUUAAUGAUCGCUUUAUUUGUUCUUAAAGAUCGGUUAGUUUGUUCAUAAAGAUCGCUUAGUUUGUUGUUAAAAAUCUUUUAUUUUUUUCUUUAAAAUCGCUUAGUUAUUAAAGAUCGCUUAGUUUUUGUUUAAAGAUCUUUUAGUUUGUUAUUAAAGAUCAUUUAGUUUGUUAUUAAAGAUCAUUUAGUUUGUUCAAAAAAGAUCGCUAAGUUUUUUCUUAAAGAUUGCUUAGAUUGUUCUUAAAGAUUGCUUAGUUUUUAUUUAAAGAUCUUUUAGUUUGUUAUUAAAGAUAAUUUAUUUUGUUCAAAAAAGAUUCUUAAGUUUUUUUUAUUAAAGAUCGCUUAAAUUGUUUUAAAGAUCCUUUAGUUUGUUCUUAAAUGUUGCUUAGUUUGUUGUUAAAUAUUGUUCAGUUUUUGUUUUUAAAGAUUGUUUAGUUUGUUUUAAAGAUCGCUAAAUUUGUUCUUAAAGAUCGUUUAGUUUGUUCUUAAAUGUCGCUUAGUUUGUUAUUAAAUAUCGCUUUCGCUGAGUAUUAGAUGACCGAAAACCUCAGUCACUUUCGGCCAUCCGGAAGUCUAAGUCAAUUUCGUCCGAAACCAAAAAAACCCCGAAAGUUAACUUUUCUCUUUCGGCCGAAACCGAAAUUAAGCCGAAAGUUAACUUUCAGUUUCGGCCAAAACCGAAACUUGGCCGAAAGUGAUAAAAUGGCCACUUUCGGCACCGAAGCCGAAUUUCGGUCGGUCUCUAAUUCAUGUACUUAGAAUCGCCUGGCCACAUCAUAUUUAAUAUCAAUGGAAAGCUUUAUUUCUCAGAAUUUAGAUCAAUAUAGCUUCCCGUUACUUACGAAAGUUACCAAACACUUCAAUCUGCUUUGAAUCAUGGUCGAAACAGUGUUUUCUGACCUAAAUAUAGGGUCUACACAUUUUGGACACAUCAACCUUGAACUUUUAACAAAGCACACAUUUGGAUUGGUUACAUGGGUGUAAAAUUUAUGUGUGAUCAGUUAUCUUUUUAUGAAAUUCGGUUAGAGCAAGCAGUGUGUGCUUUGUAAAUAUGGAAUUUUUCAAUUUGGUGCCACCCCUGGGGUGGUGUCACCCGGUGCAGUCCGCACCCCCAGCUACGCCACUGAGAAUGAUGUUCCUGAUCUUAAGUUGUUAUUGAAUCAUGAUGCAAGUAAAUGAGAGACUCAGUGAGUUAAUUAGUUUGCUCUUCUUUGAAGGAGUGUAGUCUAUCUGCACUAAUUUCCUGCCCUUAAUUUCUUCAUUAGCUGUCCGUCUUGAGGAAAUACAGCUGGUAAUGCUCACUGCAUAAAAACUAAAUGUGCAAUGAUUGGAAUACAUGUCCCUGAUCUACUUUCCUUCAGAAUUUUAUUAUUAUGGUACUAAAAAACUAAUUUGGGUGGAAAGUCUGAAAACAUUCAGUCAGCUAUUUUUAAGUGGUAUCAAUUUGAAAUUAUUUUUUGACCUCCCACAUUAUUAUGUUGUUGUUUUUUUUUGUUGCUCCCCAGAACCUCAUGUUCUUCUCUUUCGCAGACCUUUACCUAAUGCUCAGAGAGAUCAAAAUGGAAUGGUUCCCCAAGCACCUUUUGUGAUAAGCUGAGCGGUGGGGCAGUGGCCUUCCAUAUCUAAUGGUUUUAUUAUGUUGAAAUUUUUGUACCGGUAUAGAUCUAUAUAUAAAUCCUAAAUGAACAGAUUUCAGUUUUUUUUUUAAAUAUUAACAUGUAAAUAAAUGCGCAACUGUACAGUUUCAAUAAUAAUCAAAUAGGCCACUGUGUAUUACUAUACUUGAUGGUCAUAAUAUUUGUUGCAAAUAAAUAUCUUUGUCAUCAGUUGAUUUGUACAAAUUUAAAUGAGUUUCUUUAACUUUCACCUGUAUAUAUUUAUAUAGAGAAAAAAAAUUGGAGAAUUUUUGCACGCU